CUUUGUGGCUGUGUUAACUAGUGAUGGCCUUUCGUUUGUCACACCCUACGCAGAUGUUAAAGCUUCAGUUUACUUUUAAAAACCGCGUCGAUGAGACAAUCCAUAUGCUAGUAUGUUUUAUUAAACUGUGAACAUACUGUCCAGUUUAGACGAUCGUGAAAACACUGAUGUCAAAGUGUCUCGAGUAUUGCGCUAUUUGAAAAAUUGAAGUAGUGUCUAGCCUUGUCUCACUUAGUUACAGUGAGUCACCAAGUUAUUGCAGUUCACCGGAUUGCCAGACAACACGAAUGCACCAAGGGCCAAAAAGAUGGAAGAGAAAGCAUUAGAAGUAUACGGUAAAUUGGUUUAUUUGCAUCUUGAUACAGCUAGCUAGAGAACUAAUUAGCUAACGUUAUAACUAGGAUUUCUAGGCUGCGUGCUAGUAAAUUAUGGCUUUCAAACUUGCUAGCUAACGCGUUAGUUAGAUAUAGCACUAUUUCUCUAGCCUGGUCCCAGAACAGUUUGUGUGCUGACAACUCUGGUUGUUGUUACGCAUAAGUGGCCAACGGAGUUGACAAGACCGCACAAAAAGAUCUGGGAAAUUGUUUUACAAUUUCUUAUUUUCUCUAUGAUAAUGAAACAUUCAGACAACUGUGAAUUCAACUGAUAGCUAGCUAGUUGUCAGUAUAACCAUCUGAAACAGUUAACAUUUCUAAGUGACAUGCUUGUUCACCUCAACAACCCCAGUUUCUUUCCCCAGAUGUCAUUCGCACUAUUCGAGACCCAGAGAAACCUAACACGUUGGAGGAAUUGGAUGUCGUGACGGAAGAAUGUGUUGAAGUCCAAGAGCUUGGAGAGGACGAAUACCUCAUAAUUAUAAAGUUCUCCCCAACUGUCCCACACUGUUCUCUGGCUACACUAAUCGGUGCGUCUCUGUGUCAACUGAUAAGAAACAACAGUUCAUAACUGACAUGAACAGCAAGAGAUAUUUAGCCUCUUGCAUCCAUACUGAUACAAUGUUUUACGGGACAACACUACAGUCACAUUCUCAUAGCCUGGUCCCAGAUAUCUGUUUGUGCUCUUGACAUCUCCAUUGCUGUCGCUGUCAAGGCAAACAUGACAAUGAGUGACCAGGAGUUGGCAUGAUCGCAUAAGACAGACUGACACUCGGGCUACCAUUCUUAUAGAGCUACAACCAUCUCUACUACAGUCUUGUCUACCUCAAAGCUGGCAGCAUGGGCAGAGAAUGUAAGAGUCAAUGCGGCCCCUUUUCCUAUACUUUUAAGAAAUAGGGACAUUUUGAAAUGCCAUGAUAAAGCUGCAUGCCAUGUUUUCAAUGGGAAAUGUUGUAUUUGAAGCUAUAGUGGCAUCGGUGGCCAUUGAAGGAUAAGCUUUGUGGAGCAUGAGCAGUCACCUCUCCAACCAUACACCAGCAGAUUAGUGCACUGAGACUAGAAUGCCUCUGUGAAAUGCAACAGACUUUGCAUUUUAUACUUCCACAAAUCUCAGUUUCUACUUCCACAAGGUUGUCAAAUAACUUGACUUAGGUGGUCUGACUUAAUGUAGCAUUGAUCUACUUAGAGCUACUUUGUCUACAUACACUGUGUACAAAACAUUAGGAACACCUGCUCAUUCCAUGACAUAGACUGACCAGGUGAAUCUAGGUGAAAGCUAUGAUCCCUUAUUGAUGUCACUUGUUAAAUCCACUUCAAUCAGUGUAGAUGAAGGGGAGGAGAUGGGUAAAAUAAGGAUUUUGAAGCCUUGAAACAAUUGACACAUGGAUUGUAUAUGUGUGCCAUUCAGAGGGUGAAUUGGCACCACAAAAGAUGUAAGUGCCUUUGAACAGGGUAUGGUAGUAGGUGCCAGGCGCACUGAUUUGUGUGUCAAGAACUGCAGCGCUGCUGGGUUUUUCACACUCAACAGUUUCCCAUGUGUAUCAAGAAUGGUCCACCACCCAAAGGACAUCCAGCGAACGUGACACAACUGUGGGAAGCAUUGGAGUCAACAUGGGCCAGCUUCCCUAUGGACCACUUUCGACACCUUGUAGGGUCCAUGCCCUGACGAAUUGAGGCUGUUCUGAGGGCAAAAGGGGGUGAAACUGAAUAUUGGGAAGGUGUUCCUAAUGUUUUGUAUACUCAGUGUAUGUUCCAAGCCAUUCUCUGAAGGGGACUAAUGUUAAAUGGCAGUCAUGAAAAACCCACACUUUUCACUCUCUUUGUAACAUGGCCUUCUUCCCAUAGGGCCAAUUAUUUUCCUGUGAGUGUUGUGUAGCUCUGAUGUUCUAUCGAUGCAUUUUCAAAAAUCUGUUUCCCCCAUAUGCGUUCAGCAGCAGCAGCAGCUGCAAGAAAAUAUAAUUUAGUAUAAUGUACAUGUAUAGAUGUAUGCCCCAGGAAGACACCCCCCCCCUAACUCUGCCACCACUGCUAAAAAAAAUCUAGGGGAAACACAGAAAUUGCCUACUUCAGAGAUCAAUUUAAAUUAAUCUGUAACGUGUGUUUCAGGCCUGUGCUUACAAGUUAAACUGCAAAGAUGCUUGCCGUUUAAACACAAGGUAAGCAGCUGGGGGAUUACGCCCAUCAGAGGAAAAGUGUUAUCAUACAACCAAUCCCUAAAUCAAUGUUGAUGCACAAAAUGUUAGUCUGUUUAGUAAGAACACGUUCUUUCAUCCAAGGAUUAAAAAUCCUGUUUUCCAAGCCUUUGAUGGCAUAGCGCUUUUUGUCUUGUUUUCGAGGGUAGUCUCUGAAGCCAAUAAUGAAAUGGAAAACAGUGUUGUAAUAUCUUCUCCCCUUUGUGCUGUCUUGGUUUAUAAUGAGGUACCUCUGGAACAAAGGUGCUCCUAUGAAAAUGCAUUGUGUGGUUGGUUUCUGGCUCUGGUCGUAUCUCUGGUGCACUAACCUCCAGCCCUUCUCCCUGAUUAGACCUGUCUGUUGGAACACACAGAUUUAGUUUUCCCAACUUCAUGCAAAUUAAUUGCUUAUUUGUUGUUAUUUUAAAGUUUAACUUUUUCUGUUCUUGUUCAACAGUUGGACAUUUACAUUUCUGAAGGAACUCAUUCUACCGAGGAAGAUAGUAAGUGUUAUGACUUACACCACCUUAUCCACAUCUCCAGACAGUAUUUUGAAUAAAAGAGAAAUGUCAGACAUUGGAUAGAUUUGUAUUUCCACCCACAAAGCCCAACUAGAAUUUUUCUUAUGAAACAGGUAAUUCUGUGAACCAUUAACCCCUAUCGGUAAUAUGUUACAGACCUUCAGGCUUUAGGUCAGCGGGAAUAACAUGACUUGUGGCGCGCAGACGACCCAGGUUCAAACCCAUUUGGUCACAUUUAUGCAGUUUGACAAUAGAAGGAAACUUAUUGUGGUUUUAUCCUUUUUCCUCUAGUUAACAAACAGAUCAACGACAAGGAGAGAGUAGCAGCUGCUAUGGAGAACCCCAACCUGCGGGACAUUGUGGAGCAGUGUGUUACUGAACCUGAUGACUGAGCCAAGGGACUGACAUCUCAGGGACUUUAGACCAAGGUAUUCAAUAGGCACCAAAUGGAAGAAAAUGGACUAAAACGGGUGUACUACCUGAAGUUGUCCAUUUAGAAACGUUCGUUUUCGCUUUCCUUUGUAAAACAUUUUGCUACUGUGUACCCUAAUGAAUGCAACCCAGCCAUCAACUUAAAAUCUUAGCCAUCGUGGAAUGUGUUUGUGUUUUUAUAAAAGUGGAUAUGUCGGCGAUUACCUGAGCGGAACUGUUCAAAUUUCGUAAAUCCUUUUUGUGAAUAGCCACCUUGGUAAAAAAGAAGUCCAAAUCAGUAACAGAAUUAUAACUUCAAGUUGUUUAUUUUAAUCAUGACAGAAUCACAAGGGGAUAAGAUGAAGAGUUGCAGGAAAUGUGAGAACUAACUGGGAAGUUUUUAGACUUCUGAACAACGUCCCUCGAGAACCAUCGUCCCAGAAUGGACAGCAGUGUAUAUGGCUUACUGUCUUGUUUGAUCUUUUUCUAACAUCAUUAUUGAAAUGGAGGCACAGCUGCAAGACUUUUCAGAGAGCCGAAAACUGGGCCAGGGGAAACCGGAAACAACAAGCUGUCACAGCUCUGUCAGUUGGGAACAUCAGGGUCGUGUUCAUUAGGCACCAGAUGUAAGAAAACACAGUGAAAUUGGGAGGGACUACCUGAACUUGUCC